AUGAAGGCCCUUAUAAUAACCAGCCCAUUCAUCCCUUGGGCACUGGGCUACCCCGGCCUAGACCAUACCAUAGCCAAACUCCAAGCCCGUCAUGGAUCCCCCCUCCAGUCCAGAUCCACCGAACUGCUAGGCGACCUCCAAGACAAUAACGCCCUGACCGCCGUCGGCUCAGAAAUAAAAGCCAUCCUGCAAGGCGCGAGCGCGGUCGCGGACGGUAGCACGUACACGCCCCCCGCCGCGCUCGCAUCCGCCGCAUGCACGCAAUCGACCCUGUGCAUCUGGUCCCACAUCAUCGGCGACCUCAGCACCGCCUUCACCGACUGCACGGCCCUCGCGCGCGGCGCCAUCCGCCAGGGCUUCCACGACGCCGCUACCUGGGACAGGGACUCCGCGUACGGCGGCGCCGACGGCUCGCUCCUACUCAGCGACGACGAGCUGGCGCGCCCCGAGAACCGCGGGCUCGAGGACAUCGCGGCGCAGACGAAGGCCUGGCAUGGCAGGUACGCGGGGUACAACAUCAGCAUGGCGGACCUCGUGCAGACUGCCGCGGUGACGGCCACGGUCAGCUGUCCCGGCGGCCCGCGCAUACGACACUUCGUCGGCCGGAAAGACGACGGCCGCCCGGGGCCGACGGGGAAGCUGCCGCUGCCCGAGCAAGACGCGCAGACGCUCAUCGACCUCUUCGCCGCGAAGACGUUCACGGCCGACGGCCUGGUGGCGCUGGUCGGCGCGCACACGGUCGCGCGGCAGAGGUUCGUCGACCCCGGCCGGUACGACGCGCCGCAGGACUCGACGCCGGCGGUGUGGGACAGCGCGUUCUAUGCGCAGACGCUGGGGGGCGACAACGAGACGGGCGUGCUGAUCUUCCACAGUGAUUGGAGCAUCAGCGGGCAUGAGGCUACGAAGGAACGGUUUGGGGAGUUUGCGGGGGCGGGGGGGAUGGGGGUUUGGGGGCCGGCUUAUGCGCAGGCUUACUUCAGGAUGAGUCUUCUCGGCGUCGGCAAUCUGAAUUAUCUUACGGAGAUCACGCAGGCGUUGCCGCUGCCGCGAUAA